AUAGCUAUUAUUAUAUGGCUACUUCUACUAAAACCAAAGUUACACUGUGGAUACUUCAGCAUUGCUGUAGCAAAACCAUGGUUACUGCUAAAAUGCCAAAAACUUGGUUACUAGUUAUGGUUAAUUCAAUAUUACUACAGUAAAUCCAUGGCUAGUUUUCAUAAGGGUAUCGUUUAUUCACUAAAGAUCAUUGUCCAUGUUUUAACACCUCAGAAUUUAUAUCAAUAUAUUUCUUCAGCACCUCAUAUGUCUUUUUUUAAUAAUACAAAACAAAAUGAGCGGGAGAAUGAAACAAAGGAAACUGCGUCGUGUGGGGGAUGGUAAUUUUCAAACAGGAAGAGAUAGGUGGGACUAAUAUUAGGAAGUCUUUGAUUGGCUCUCUUUCCUGUCCGUCAAACUUUGAGCUGUCCAAUGAUAUCAUGUAAUGGGUGUGGCCAAUGAAGACACGCAAUCAGAGGACGCGCCUCGUCUCCUUGUACAAUUAGCAUAGAGGAGGAAAUAAUAGUGGCUGUCCGUGGAUUUUAACACUCUGUAUUUGUGAAGUUUACUGCACAGAUCGUCAUGCCUGAACCAGCGAAGUCCGCACCGAAGAAAGGAUCUAAGAAGGCCGUCACUAAGACCGCCGCUAAAGGAGGAAAGAAGCGUAAGAGGACCAGGAAGGAGAGUUACGCUAUCUACGUGUACAAAGUCCUGAAGCAGGUUCAUCCUGACACCGGUAUCUCCUCCAAGGCGAUGGGAAUCAUGAACUCCUUCGUCAACGACAUCUUCGAGCGCAUCGCCGGUGAGUCGUCUCGUCUCGCUCACUACAACAAGCGCUCCACCAUCACCUCGAGAGAGAUCCAGACCGCCGUGCGGCUGCUGCUGCCCGGUGAACUGGCCAAACACGCCGUGUCUGAGGGCACAAAGGCCGUCACCAAGUACACCAGCUCCAAGUAAAGUGUGAUGAAGCUUGCAGCGACACCAAAGGCUCUUUUAAGAGCCACCCAUGUACUCGUCUAAAGAGCUUCUUUAAUUUCCCACAAUAUUAGUGAUUGCAGAACACGUGGACAUGAUUUCUUGAACCAAGCUAACAUUACAAACUGAAACCUGUACUAACCUAGUUCAAACAAACAAGAAUCAAGUUAAACAACAUAAUCGAAAGCUGUAGUGUAUUCUGAAUGAUAUCAGGAAUAUACUCCCUUAAUCUGUGAUGGAGAACAUCUUAAAAUAAUGGAAAACAUUUCUGCUUAAGCAAUCCACAGAGACUGCACUAUUCAAAACCUAUACUAAAAAACAUUCUUUUAUAUUUAGAUUAAUACAUUAUAUUAUGUUCUUGUACUUUAAAUGCAAGUAACCCAGCUAGAAAUGUUACGUUCCCAGGAAGUUCUCAGAAUGUCCCCACUGGUGUCAAGGACGUCGCCUAGUAACGUUCCAGGAACGUUCGGAGACGGUCAUGAUGUGGAGUUCUUUAAAGGUUCGGAGGACGUUAUUUUGCGGACCUUCACGCAACAUUCGGGACGUUCUCUGAACGUUUAGGGGACCAUGUUUUAUUUGGAAAUGUGAUGUUCCCAGAACGUUCUAAGACCGCCCCCAGUGUUGUCAAGGAGGGAACCAAACUAGAAUGUAACUGCAGAAAAUCUUUCACACUUGUUCUUGCAGAACCUUUAUCAGGAAUAAGCAUGCACGUUUAACACAUUCAAAGAUAAAAUACAAAGCAGGGAUCCGUCAUUUAUUUAUUUUGUGUGAACAAAAACAGAUUAUAAAUUAAUAGAUGGCGGACGUUACUGCAACAAGUGCUCCUGGGUUUGCCAGAGCUCGUCUUAAACCAGAAAUAUAUAAAACCAUUGAUGGCAAAGUUAUAGUUGAAGAUGAACUUUUACACUUCCUUUCGAUAAAAAUGAGAACUUUAAGUCAGGAUGAAAUAGUCCUUUUAGCCGCAAACCACUUCGGAUCAGAUUGGAUUGAGGCUUCAAAGAAAAUGCUGUUUGAACUUUGUUCCACUACUCAACGGAAUAUCUCUCACAAAGGAGCACAGAAAGACGCCAAUAAUAUCAAGAGCUGUCUUAAAGUCCUUAAUGAAUGUGGGGACAAUAUACCAAAAUUUGUAUCAUAUUAUUUGGACGAGCUGCCACCUGUGACUUUUUCCAACAUAGACGUCUGUGGCCUUCUUCGGAAAGUUGAGCAGCUACAUGCUGAUGUAUCCGUCUUGAAACAUGUGACGCACCGACAAUCUGAAACAGGUGAAGGUUUGAGUGCAGUCGCGGCGGACGUGAGAAGAACGCUGCCCACGGUGGUACGGGCUUUGAUGUGCCGGUGAGCUGGAUGGAGAAUGCAAGCACCACGCGCAUUACUCACUAUACGGAUGUCGGUGACGCGGAUGGUUCGGCGGAGGUGCCUGAAACAACAGGUGACAGACGCCGAGGAGAGGCUCCAAGACCCGUGCUUCAAGCAAUGGAGAGUAUUAUGCCAGCAGCUAGCCCUGGGUUGACGAGGCUGUCGCCUGGUUUACCCAAGUGGAACCAGGUUGUAAAAAGGGGGCGACAGAAGCGCACAGAGGAGUCCCAACAGGGAGUACGCAUUGGCAAAUCUGUGUUGGAACGGAGGGCAGCAAAAAUUGUUGUGGGCACUGGUGCGGCAAGAGACAUCAAGAUGAUAACAACAAAAAGGGCUGCCAUUCACAAUCAAGGGGCGGAAAUCCUAGCUUCCAUUUCCUUGGAAGAACAAGCAGAAAAUAGUGACAACGAGCUCUCACUUGUGGGUCAAGAAUUGCUAGAAAUAAAAAAAUUCAUCUUCACAGGAAGAAAUUGUCCCGGGUUCAGGUGUUUACAUAUCGCGAAGUGUGUGGCGCUGUGCUUGCCAGGCAUCCAGUGGGCAAGGAUUUUGCUGCUUGGGGUGUUUGACAUCGAAACGCUCGUCAAAAGUAAUUUGAGAGGAGGGGAAUCCAAGGUUUCAAAGGGGGGAGAUGGGGAGAGAAGAAGCGGCCUAGAUGAAAUAAAAGUAAAAGCUAUAAUGGAUGCAGUUAUGUCAAAGCACUCAGUUUCGGCUGGCCAGAUCGGAACAGCCCUGAAUGGGAAGAUGGCAGAGCUAAGACUGGCAAUGUCCAGGAAAAAUGUUAAUUAAAAAUGAGUGUGUUUCUCCAGUGAGUGAGUUUGGAAAUGUUUUAAAUGUGGCUAGAAGUUUGAAAAUGUAAUACUGAGGGGGAAAAGCAGAGGUGGGACCAAGUCAUUGUUUUCCAAGUCACAAGUAAGGGCCAAUCUCAUUUAGUCAAGUCAAGUCAAGUCAAGUGGUUUUUAUUGUCGUUUCAACCAUAUACAGUUAGUACAGUACACAGCAAAACGAGACAACGUUCCUCCAGGACCAUGGUGCUACAUAAAAACAACAAAGGACCAACAUAGGACCACAUGAGACUACACAACGAAAUAAAAUACCUAUAUAAACUACCUAUAUAUACCUAUAUAAAGUGCACGUGCAAACAUGUGCAAAAAGUACAGGACAGUACAACAAAUUACUGACAAUGAACAGGACAAUAGACAGUGCAGCGCCGACCAGUACUCAGUAGUGCAAAAAGAUGACAGUUUCUAAAAAUGUAAACAUAACAUACUAUGAGAUAAUGUUCUAUGCACAUAGCAGUUAUUGAGGUAGCAGACAGUUAUAAAGUGACAGUAAUUAAAGUGCAACUCAGGACAAGUGUGUGUCAAACCAGUCUCUGAGUAUUAAGUAGUCUGAUGGCUUGGGGGAAGAAGCUGUUACACAGUCUGGCCGUGAGGGCCCGAAUGCUUCGGUACCUCUUGCCAGACGGGAGGAGGGUAAAGAGUUUGUGUGAGGGGUGUGUGGGGUCGUCCACAAUGCUGGUUGCUUUGCGGAUACAGUGUUUUUUGUAAAUGUCUUUGAUGGAGGGAAGAGAGACCCCAAUGAUCUUCUCAGCUGUCCUCACUAUCCUCUGCAGGGCUUUGCGGUCCGAAACGGUGCAAGUCCCAAACCAGGCAGUGAUGCAGCUGCUCAGGAUGCUCUCAAUAGUCCCUCUAUAGAAUGUAGUGAGGAUGGGGGUUGGGAGAUGUGCUUUCCUCAGCCUUCGAAGAAAGUAGAGAUGCUGCUGGGCUUUCUUGGUGAUAGAGCUGGUGUUGAGGGACCAGGUGAGGUUCUCCGCCAGGUGAACACCAAGGAAUUUGGUGCUCUUGACGAUCUCCACAGAGGAGCCGUCGAUGUU